AAAAUUUGAAAGAACAAGUAAAAAAAUAUGGCAUGAGGAACUCUAACACGAUGGCAAUUGCUCCUACUGCUACUAUUUCUAAUGUUGUCGGAUGUUACCCUUGUAUCGAACCCCUCUAUGAUAACCUUUACACCGAAAGUAAUAUGAUGGGAGAGUUUGUGAUAUAUCAAGGAGGUAGCAUCCAAAACAUUCCUAAUCUUCCCCAAUCCUUAAAAGAUAAAUAUAGAGGAGCAUUUGAAUUAGAUCCUUUAUGGAUGAUUAAAAUCACUGCUGAACGAAGUAAAUGGAUUGACCAAAAAUCGGGUUUAAAGACCACUUAUUACUUGAGAACGUUAGGUGCUAGUCAAGUUGAAAAAUCUACUUUGGAUGCUAGUAAAUUCGGUUAUACUCAAAAACGAGAUAGUGAACAAAAUAGAAUAAUUAACAGCAUUAAGGAUGAUGACUUUUUUAAGCAAGCUCUUACCCAUGCUUCUUACUGUAAUGAAAAUAAUUUGGGUUUCUCUUACGAAAGGCUAGAAUUCUUAGGCGAUGAAAUUUUAAACUUUUAUACUUCUCUUUUCAUUUAUCAUAGUUUUCCUGAUUUUGCCGAAGGAAAGAUGAGCAAGUUGAAACAAUUAAUGGUGCAAGAGAGCACAUUGGCUUAUUUAAGCCGAGAAAUUGGGCUGAAUAGGAUGAAUGAAGAAGGAAAACUAGAAUAUUUAAAAUUAGGGGAAGGAGAAAUGAAAAAUCAAGGAGCUAAUAAAAGUAGUAUUUUGGCUGACAUAUUUGAAUCUUUUGUAGCGGCUUUAUAUUUAAAAAGAGGCGACUAUAAAAGUUAUCUUCAAGAAUAUUGCCAGCAGCACAAAAAUAGAAUUAGAUACCAAACCAAAGGAAUAAAAAGAGGAAAGGAUAAUCGAUUAAUAUUUAUUAGAGAAGUUAAAGCAUGUGGCAGCGAGGAAGAUUUGAUAGAAAAAAUUAUUAAUGGUCAGAGUGAAGAAGAGAUAAAAACCAUUGAAGUUAAAAUUAAUGAAGCAUUGGAGAGACAUGGUUGGGAACUAAGUCAUAAUUUACAGGAUAUAUAUCAUAACGAUUUAUUAACAAGUGUAAUAGUUAUAUAUUCUUAUGAGCAUAAAGGAAAAGAUGAUGAAUUAUUAGUAAGGUUAAAAAACGAUUUGAUAAAAUUUGAUGAAGUGGUGCCGGAGAUUUAUCGCGCUUAUGAUGAUAGUGAUUUAUUUGUAAAAACUGCCAUCGACAUGAUGAGGGAUAGUUUAUUAGCAAACAUUGAAGAUUGUGAAGCGAGGAUAGAAAAGAGUCAAGGAGAUUCAGAGCAACAAAAAAAAGAUAAAAAAAGUAGUAGUGUGGUGGUGAACCGUUAUAGUUUCACAUUGAACAAAACGAAGCAUUUUGGUCCAACCUUAACUGUAGAAGCCUUUCGAAAAGAAUUAGAACGGGAAAUUAAUGAGAAAGCCGAUUUAUUAAAAAAAUUAGAAACAGUUAUUGAAAAUGGAGUUAGGAAGGUUGAGAGCCAAAAUGUUUCGCCAUCUACUUCAACGGCCAAUAAUAGCGAUGCCAGUGAUGAUUAUAGUGAGACAAGUUCUAUUUUUGAUGAACAUGAAGAAACUGAUAAUAACUCGGAUAACUCUUCUGAUAAUGAUGAUAAACAAAAACUAGAUAACCAGAAAGAAGAUCCUAAACUUAUUGAAACAUGGAGAGAACAAAAUAUCAGAACUAUUACGAAAUUCUUAAACAAAGAACCAGUAGUUAAAGAAGUGGAUUUAGAAGCCGAAAAUCGUGAUAUUACAAAGAAAAGAAAAAUUAAGCAACAAAAUGCUGCCUUAGAUGCUAUUUUAGAAGAGACAGUGGACGCCAGAAAUUUUGAUAAACAUUUCCAAACCGCUCAAAGAAGUUUAGGAGAGAAAGAAGAGGAAGCGUUAGAACUGGAAGCGAAAAAUAAAGAGUUAGUGGCAGAAUUAGAAGCCAUUUCAGAGAUAAACUAUAAUGAAGAAGAAAAACAAUUUUUAGCAGGACAAAUUACUGACCAGCAAAAAAAAGAAGAAAUCGCCCAGCGAAUUGAAGAAAAAAUUAAUGCUAAAUUGUUAAAAAGGAACAAUAAAGUCGGAUUUGAGAAAAAAGCCAAUCAAAUUAAGCAAGAAAUCAAAAAUGCCGAAAAUAGUUCUAAUUUACAUACCCAGCAAGCUUUUAAACAUGCUAAAAAUAAAGCCGAAGCAUUGUUAAAGGACUUAGAAAAUAUUUCAGAUGAAAAUGAUACUAAUACUGCUAAAAAUAAUAACUUCCCAACUAGUUGA